AUCGUUUGUGGACAUUCUAUAUACUAACUCUACAGGCAAUGGUGAUCAUUGCGUGGAGUGAAGCCCCACUAUUAUCUAUUUUCAAGAAAGACGUCUUAUAUCCUGUUUCAAGUAUUUUUAUCACUGCAGCUUUUCUUCGCUUGCUUCAAAGUAUGUCACUCUCAGAUGGACUCUAAAAUGCAUUAGACAGUAAUUUGCAUGUGUUCAUGAUGUCUUAGGGAGUAUUUAAGUGCCACAUGUAGAAUUUAUAGGAGACAUUUUAACAUUUGAGCAUAAUAAUUUCUUUUCUCCUGCGUAAACUAUUUUCUGUCAUUAAGUAUUUAGAUUUCAAAAUAACGUGUUAAUAUCUCUUUGUUUCAACAUCUCUUCCAAUAGCACUUGUUUGUUUUAGAAAUGUAGAGCUGUAAAUUUAUUAAUUUUUCUAUGUUUGUCUACAUUGUGAGAGAAUAUGAAAAUGGAAAUAUGUGGAAAUCUUUUAGUUGUAUCUGGUUUAUUUAGUUUCCUACAGAUGGAAAAUUCUAGAGUCAGAGGCAAUAUAUAUAUUAGCAUCUCUAUUCCGCUUUUAGUAACUUAGCAAAGGUUAGUCGUGUUAAUUACUUACUUUUCAAUAGAAGUAUUGAACAAUUAAACAAUUGAAAAAUUAUAUAUUUCUCAAUUUCCCCCAAGUUUACCUUUCUGUGUAUAUCUACCCUAAAAUGAUUUCCAAAUGUGGACAGAGCAUGAAAAUUAGCCUGCUUCUUAACAAACGAUUAGACAAAUCUAGAUAAAAAGUGUUGAGAUCUAAAAUAAAUAACUAUAAGAAAAUGAAACGUGUAUGUAAUAUGUUGCAUCUUCUAGAUAUAUGUAACUAUUUGGUUUGAAUGUGAAAUUAACCUAAGUUAUCCACAAUGAUAAGCGAUUAGCCAACCCAUGUCUCAAAGAUAAUAUGUGAGACUCUCCCAACGUGUUCGGUAAGCGGUCAUAAGUGAUGUUAAUGGUAAUGUAUUUUUGUGUAAAUUAUUUAGGGACUCCCAUGUUAAUAUUCAUGGUAAUGCUACUACACCCCUAAACAUCUCAUUCUUCACAAAAUUUCAUUAGCAUCCAUUACCACUUGGAAAGGUAGUAUUUAACUGUAAUGGAAAUUUAUAAAUAAAAUAUAUGUUUGAGGAUGAUGUUUCAUUACAAUGGAUAUUGACAUGAUAGCUCUCUUAUUGAAUUACAAUAAAUCAUCACCAUUACCACCAUUUAUUACCGACUAUCAAGUUAAUCGUUGAAGAUUAGUCAUGCAAAGUUAAUCAUAUCUUUUCUGAACCGUUCUUUAGCUUUUUUUUUUGCUUUUUGUAACGUACCUUGAGCAGUUCUCUGAAUAUGAUAAAAAAAACAGAAAGAUGAAUUUGCACAUAUUUCCUAUAAAGAUCUGCUAUCUGUCCGAUAUACUUAUAUCCACAGCAGAUUUUUUCUAAAUUCAAUAUUUCAUAUCAGCUUUUAAAGCCUUUUCCUGUGCAUUUUUCUGAUGAAUAAAGAUAACAUGCAUUUGUCUUAUGUGCUUUAUUCUGUCAUGAUGAAAUUAGCAUUUACUUGAUACGCGUUACCAUCUGGCCCAAUGCUUCAGAAAUCAUAUGUAGAAUUGUAGAUAUAAAUACUUCUAUGAUUCUGCAAAUAUUGUUUUAGGGUUGCUGUAUUAAGUAAGGUUGGUGCUUUCGAUCUGGUUGUCAGCAGAAUUUUCCCCCCUAUCUGUUUUAUGUGUUGUAGGUGUUCUGGAUGCUGUCAUCAACUUCCCGAUGAAGCGCAAGUGGAUGUUCCUGGAUGUGAUGAGAAGUAUAUUGAAGAUAGUUGUUAGUCUUGCAUGGGCCAUAGUUCUUCCACUCUUUUAUGUACAUUCCUUCAAUGUAGCACCUCAGAAAAUCCGAGAUCUUCUAUCGUUUCUCGGGCAAUUGAAGGCGGUUCCUGCUCUGUAUAUCAUGGUGGUAGCAUUAUAUUGUCUUCCAAACAUACUCUCUGCAGCACUGUUCCUUUUCCCAAUGCUUCGACGUUUUAUUGAAAACUCUGAUUGGCUCAUUGUACGGCUACUGUUGUGGUGGUCACAGCCUAGAAUUUAUGUAGGGAGAGGAAUGCAUGAAAGCCAAUUUUCUCUCAUAAAGUAUACGCUGUUUUGGCUUCUUCUCCUGGCAUCAAAGAUUGCAUUCAGCUAUUUCAUCAUGAUAAGACCCUUGGUGAAGCCAACAAAGGACAUCAUGGACAUCAAUAAAGUUGAUUAUCAAUGGCAUGAAUUUUUUCCCCAUGCAAAACACAAUUAUGGUGCAGUUGCCUCGCUCUGGGCUCCAGUUAUCAUGGUUUAUUUCAUGGAUACUCAAGUUUGGUACUCUAUAUAUUCCACAAUUUAUGGUGGUUUUAUAGGAGCAUUUGACCGUCUAGGAGAGAUAAGAACUCUUAGCAUGCUAAGGACAAGAUUCCAGGCACUACCUGGUGCUUUCAAUGACUGUUUAGUGCCUUCUGAUAAGUCACGCAAACGAGGUUUCUCUUUAUCAAAGCGAUUUGCUGAGGCUAAUGCAAGCAAGAGAAUUGAAGCAGCUAGAUUUGCUCAGCUUUGGAAUGAGAUUAUAUGUUCUUUCCGGGAAGAAGAUCUUGUUAAUGACAGGGAGAUGGAUCUGCUGCUCGUGCCAUAUUCCUCAGAUCCUAGUUUGAAAAUAAUUCAAUGGCCACCUUUUUUGCUUGCAAGCAAGAUUCCAAUAGCAUUGGAUAUGGCUGUUCAAUUUCGACCAAAGGACUCUGACCUUUGGAAAAGAAUUUCUGCUGAUGAAUACAUGAAAUGUGCGGUGAUUGAAUGCUAUGAAUCCUUUAAGCAAGUUUUGAACAUUCUUGUUUCAGGAGAAAAUGAGAAAAGGAUAAUUUCUCUAAUUAUAAGAGAAGUAGAGGCAAACAUUUCGAAGAAUACACUUCUUACAAAUUUUAGAAUGAGCGCUUUGCCCACCCUCUGCAAAAAAUUUGUAGAGCUUGUGGGAUAUUUGAGAGAUGGAGAUUCUUCGAAACGGGACAGUGUGGUAUUACUACUGCUAGACAUGCUAGAAGUUGUUACUUGUGACAUGAUGGUGAAUGAAAUUCGCGAGUUGACCGAACUUGGGAAUAGCGGAAAGGACGGAAAUCGACUUUUCGAGCAUAUAGUAUUUCCGCCUAAGAUUACACCACAAUGGGAAGAACAGAUACGACGCCUCUAUUUACUUUUGACUGUGAAGGAAUCUGCCAUUGAUGUGCCCACAAACCUUGAAGCACGAAGAAGAAUUGCAUUUUUCACAAACUCAUUGUUCAUGGAUAUGCCGCGAGCUCCUAAAGUUCGUAAGAUGCUUUCAUUUAGUGUUCUGACUCCUUACUACAGUGAGGAGACAGUAUACUCUAGAAAUGACCUUGAAAUGGAAAAUGAAGAUGGUAUAUCCAUCAUAUACUACUUGCAGAAGAUCUUUCCAGAUGAAUGGAACAAUUUUAUGGAGAGAGUCAAUUGCAAGAAAGAGGCCGAGGUUUGGGAAAAUGAGGAGAACAUUCUACACCUUCGGUAUUGGGUUUCACUCAGAGGGCAGACUCUUUGCAGAACAGUUCGAGGGAUGAUGUACUACCGAAGGGCUUUGAAACUCCAGGCUUUUCUUGACAUGGCUGAUGAAGAGGAGAUCUUGCAAGGCUAUAAGGCGGUUACAGAACCAAUGGAGGAGGAGAAGAAAAGUCAGAGAUCCCUUUAUGCACAAUUAGAAGCUGUUGCUGACAUGAAAUUCACAUAUGUUGCUACAUGUCAGAACUAUGGUAAUCAGAAAAGGAGUGGAGAUCGCCGUGCAACGGAUAUUUUAAAUUUGAUGGUGAAUCACCCAUCCUUGCGUGUGGCAUAUGUGGAUGAAGUUGAAGAAAGAGAAGGUAGUCAAAAGUCGCAAAAGGUAUAUUAUUCCGUACUGGUGAAAGCUGUUAAAAAUCUUGAUCAGGAAAUAUACCGUAUAAAGUUGCCUGGACCAGCAAAGAUAGGGGAAGGGAAGCCUGAAAACCAAAACCACGCCAUAGUUUUUACCAGAGGAGAAGCCCUUCAGGCCAUAGAUAUGAACCAGGAUAAUUACUUAGAAGAAGCUCUGAAAAUGCGUAACCUCCUUGAAGAAUUCAAUGAAGAUCAUGGAGUGCGUCCACCUACCAUUUUAGGUGUUCGUGAGCAUAUCUUCACGGGAAGUGUAUCUUCCUUGGCUUGGUUUAUGUCUAAUCAGGAGACCAGCUUUGUUACCAUUGGACAAAGAGUUCUCGCAAGACCAUUAAAGGUCCGGUUCCACUAUGGCCAUCCAGAUGUCUUUGAUAGGAUCUUUCACAUUACCCGUGGUGGAAUGAGCAAAGCUUCUCGUGGUAUCAAUUUGAGUGAGGACAUUUUUGCUGGAUUCAACUCAACAUUAAGGCGUGGUAAUGUUACUCACCAUGAGUAUAUACAAGUGGGAAAGGGACGAGAUGUUGGGCUCAACCAAAUCUCAUUGUUUGAAGCAAAAGUAGCCUGUGGUAAUGGGGAGCAGACACUCAGUCGAGAUGUGUACCGGUUAGGUCAUCGUUUUGACUUUUUUCGCAUGCUCUCCUGUUACUUCACGACAAUUGGAUUCUAUGUCAGUUCCAUGAUGGUUGUCCUUACUGCGUAUGCUUAUUUAUAUGGAAGGCUUUAUCUAUCUUUGAGUGGCUUGGAGCAGUCAAUCAUUAGGUUUGCUAGGGCCAAGGGAGAAACUGCCUUGAAGGCAGCCAUGGCUUCAGAGUCUGUUGUCCAACUUGGACUCCUAAUGGCUUUGCCCAUGAUCAUGGAGAUAGGAUUGGAGAGAGGAUUUACAACUGCAUUGGGUGAAAUGAUCAUCAUGCAAUUGCAGCUAGCAUCUGUUUUCUUCACUUUCUCUCUUGGGACAAAAGUUCAUUAUUAUGGGCGUACCAUCUUGCAUGGUGGAGCCAAGUACAGAGCCACUGGACGUGGUUUUGUUGUCCGCCACGAGAAAUUUGCUGAAAAUUAUAGAAUGUAUUCAAGAAGUCAUUUUACAAAAGGGCUAGAGCUUAUGAUGUUGCUUAUAGCUUAUCAUUUGUAUGGGUCAGCGGUGUUUGGUUCCACAGCCUAUAUACUCGUGACUGGCUCCAUGUGGUUCUUGGUCAUAUCUUGGUUAUUUGCUCCCUUCAUAUUCAAUCCUUCAGGUUUUGAGUGGCAGAAGAUUGUAGAUGACUGGGAUGAUUGGACAAAAUGGAUUAGUAGUCAUGGUGGUAUUGGUGUACCAGCAACCAAGAGCUGGGAGUCAUGGUGGGCUGAAGAGCAAGAGCACUUGCAAUACACAGGAUUCACUGGACGGUUCUGGGAGAUUGUUCUCUCUCUCCGAUUCUUUCUAUAUCAGUAUGGAGUAGUGUAUCAUCUGCAUGUAGCCAAUGAAGACACAAGCAUCAUGGUUUAUGGCCUGUCAUGGCUUGUGAUUGUUGCUGUGGUUAUCAUUCUAAAGAUUGUAUCCAUGGGUAAAAAGAAGUUUAGUGCAGAUUAUCAGUUGAUGUUCAGACUUCUGAAACUUUUCCUUUUCAUUGGCUUUAUAGUCGCGCUAGUAGUCUUCUUCUUAUUCUUAAAUCUGACAGUUGGAGACAUAUUUGUUAGCUUGCUGGCCUUCAUGCCUACUGGAUGGGCUCUUUUAUCAAUAUCAAUAGCAUGUAGGCCGGUGGUGAAAGGCAUGGGAAUGUGGAGUUCAGUCAAAGCCUUAGCAAGAGGCUAUGAGUACAUCAUGGGGAUUCUAAUUUUCACUCCAGUAGCAGUGCUAGCUUGGUUCCCAUUCAUCUCCGAGUUCCAGACGAGGCUGCUGUUCAACCAAGCUUUUAGCCGAGGGCUGCAGAUCCAACGUAUAUUGGCUGGUGGAAAGAAGCAGAAAUAAACACUCAUCUAUGAAGCGAUCACUCUGUAAUUCUUGCUGAAAAAAAAAAAGAUUUUUCCUGCAGGAAGACAUGAUAUAUCUGGUGUUUAUCAUGCUAGUAUAUAUUGGCAAUUGGGGGAUGCCGAUGUUCAGCACUUUUCAGAAAAUACCUAUCGGCACCGAGAUCUCGGCCAGAGGCUCCACUUUCUAAUUGAUGCCCCCAAGCCGGAAAAUUUGUUCCUCAAACUUGCUUGAGCUCAUCAAGAUCUUCAAUUCAUUCUUACUUUUGUCUAUCAGCUCAUGACUUAUGCUCUUCUUUUUUUCUCACCCAUGUAUAUAUGAGCUUGGAUUCAGAUUAGUUUUCAUUAUUCUUCCAGCUGUAUUCUUUGUUGGUGCAAGACUAUCACAUCUUUUGGGUCAUUAUAGGAUUAUUUUCAAAUUAAGGUUC